AUGGAAUCAUAUUGGUCCGUCAGCGCCGCUCUGAACCCGUGGUGUAUUGCUCAGCCGUCAACUGCCGAGGACGUGUCUACUAUCAUCAAAACACUCGCUACUUUCAACUGCACGUUUGGCGUGCGUGGUGGGGGCCACGGGUCAUUUGCGGGCUCCAACAGUGUUGAGGAGGGUGUCACAAUCGAUUUUGGCAAUAUGAAUAGCACCAUCUACGACAACAAUACCAAACUUGCCUCCAUCCAGCCCGGUGGCCACUGGCAGACCGUAUACGACACGCUUGCACCUCACGGCGUCGUCGUGACCGGUGGCCGCGCCGGAACUGUCGGCACUGGUGGUUUCAUCACCGGCGGUGGUAACUCACUUCACUCGGCAUCUCACGGUUUUGCAUGCGACACAGUCGCAAAUUUCGAGGUUGUCCUCGCUGAUGGCUCCAUUGUCAACGCCAAUGCCACCUCUAACCCUGAUCUGUGGCAAGGCUUGAAAGGCAGUGGCGCCAACCUUGGCCUUGUCACUCGCUUCGACAUGCAUGUCAUCGAUUUCCCGGACCCCUCAAAGCCCGUCGUCUGGGGUGGCAAGCUCUAUUACGAUUUAGAGUCUGGACCUCAAGUCAUUGAUGCCUUUGUUGACUUCGUCGAAAACGUCCAAAAAGACGAAAACAGCUCUUCAAUCGUUUAUUGGGGCUAUGUCCCCGCCAAUGGUGGCAUGUUCCUUAAUGCUGCCAUUCAGAACACUCUAGCCGAGGUCGCCCCUCCUGUCUUUGAUGGAUACUAUACUGCUGGCAGUAUCAUUCGGGACACUACCAAGGUCGCCCUCAUGUCAGUUGCUGCCAGUGAGCUUGGUUCUAACUCGCCUGGCGGCUUACGCAACGUGUGGUUCACCCUCGCCUUCGCCAACGAUGCCCGUAUCAUGAACUACGCUGUCCAGAAAUACUCGGCGUUGAACGAGGACCUGGAGAAGGCCAUUGGCGCCUCUGGCUUCAACACUCUUUGCAUGUUUCAGCCCAUUACUAAGUCGAUUGUCGACAAAGGCGUUGCCAAUGGUGGCAAUAUUCUCGGCUUGGAACAUUACAUCGACAAAGGCAACGGCAUCAUGUUUCUCAUUACGCUUGCUAUCAAUGGAGCUGACAACGAGACAACUGCCUUCCCUUACGUCCAAGAUUUUGUGGAAGACGUUGAAUCGUAUGCUGCAUCUCUUGACUUGGGCUGGGGUUGGAAAUUCCUUAAUUAUGCACACAAGUUGCAAGAUGCCAUUUCAUCCUACGGUGACCCUUCUAUCGAGAAGCUAAGGGCUGCAUCUGCCAAGUACGAUCCAACAGGUGUUUUUCAGAACCUUCGUCAAUCGGGCUUCAAAAUUCCUCCUAUCUAG